ACACUUGCACACUUCAGCACUGUUGGGCAGAAGGGAAGCCCUGCAGAGGGUAGCACACACAGCUGGAGGGAGGACACAGCGGGGUGCACUGCUGACAGACAAGCCAGGAUGGACCUGACUUCAGUUCUCUCCCUGGAAACCUGGGUCCUCCUGGCAAUCAGUCUGGUGCUUUUAUACCGACUCGGGACCCAUAAACAUGACAUCUUUAAGAAACAUGGAAUUCCUGGGCCCAAGCCUCUGCCAUUCGUAGGAACUCUGCUGAGUUACUACAAGGGUACAUGGAAAUUCGAUGUCGAGUGCUAUAAAAAGUAUGGGAAAAUAUGGGGGUUGUUUGAUGGUCAUACACCUGUGUUAGCUAUCGCAGACACAGAGAUGAUAAAGAAUAUACUAGUGAAGGAAUGCUAUUCUGUCUUCACAAACAGACGGGAAUUUGGCCCAACGGGGUUUAUGAAAAAAGCCGUCUCCAUGUCUAAGGAUGAAGAGUGGAAGAGAAUUCGAGCCUUGCUGUCUCCCACCUUCACCAGUGGAAAACUCAAAGAGAUGUUCCCCAUCAUUGAACAGUAUGGAGAUAUUUUGGUAAAAUACUUGAGAAGAGAGGCAGAGAAAGGCAAGCCUAUCACCAUGAAAGAAGUGUUUGGGGCCUACAGCAUGGAUGUGAUCACAAGCACGUCAUUUGGUGUGAAUGUUGAUUCCCUCAACAACCCAAAGGACCCUUUUGUGGAAAAGGCCAGGAAGCUAAUAAGACUUGAUUUUUUUGACCCAUUAUUCAUGUCAGUAGUACUCUUUCCAUUCCUCACCCCAAUAUAUGAGAUGUUAAAUGUCUCCCUGUUCCCAAAGGAUUCGAUAGCAUUUUUCAAAAAAUUUGUGGACAGAAUGAAGGAAAAUCGCCUGGAUUCUAACCAGAAGCACCGAGUGGAUUUUCUUCAGCUGAUGAUGAACACUCAUAACAAUUCCAAAGACGAUGAGUCUCAUAAAGCUCUAUCUGACAUGGAGAUUACAGCCCAAUCAAUUAUCUUUAUUUUUGGUGGCUAUGAAACCACCAGCAACACAAUUGCUUUCGCCCUGUAUUUACUGGCCACUCACCCUGAUAUUCAGAAGAAACUGCAGGAGGAGAUCGAUGAGACUCUGCCCAAUAAGGCAUCUCCCAGCUAUGAUAAAGUGAUGGAGAUGGAGUACCUCGACAUGGUGUUGAAUGAAACUCUCAGAUUAUACCCAAUUGCUAAUAGACUUGAGAGAGUCUGUAAACAAGAUGUUGAAAUGGAUGGUGUGUUUUUUCCCAAAGGGUCCAUAGCAAUGAUACCAGUUUAUGCUCUUCACCAUGACCCGCAGUACUGGCCAGAGCCUAAGGAAUUCCGCCCUGAAAGGUUCAGCAAGGAGAACAAGGGCAACAUCAGUCCUUAUAUAUACCUACCCUUUGGUAACGGACCCAGGAACUGCAUUGGCAUGAGGUUUGCUCUCAUGAACAUGAAACUUGCUCUCACUAAAGUCCUACAGAACUUCUCCUUCCAGCCUUGUAAAGAAACACAGAUCCCUCUGAAAAUAAGCCGAAAGGCAAUGUUUCAACCAGAAAAACCUGUUGUUCUAAAGGUUGUGCCACGGGAUGAGAUCAUAACUGGAGCAUGACUUCCUUUCAAGGACUUCCACCGUGUUCUUCAAGAAGGUGAUAUCUAAGAACAUUGGACUCUUUAAUUUACUUCAGGAAUAAAACCCAGAUGAAGAUGAGGCUUAAUUUCCUGGCCUUGAUGCAUGGUUAUGGAUUCAGUACAUCCAUUGAGCUUUCUCAGUGUCAAUACAGAGUACCAUCUAAUGUAAAGGAAAUGACUAAAUCAGUUGACAGAAUGAGAAAUUCACCUUCUCUGGUCCUCAUGGGGCUACUUCCAUCCACAUUUCUUUUGAGAGUAACUAUGCUAUUGUAAUGUAACAAACAAUAAUUUUUAAAUGAAAAUCUGGACCACUGUGACAAUUUUUAUUGUAAAACUGGUAUCAGAUGCUCUAGUUGCAAUAUUCUGCAAUAAAUGUUACACUGAAAAUGUAAACAUUUCUUUUUUAAAAAAUAAAUUUAUUUUAUAUCCUA